UACUGGUGUUCACAGCUGGACUAUGAUUCUCAUCUCUAUAUAUGUGUGUGUGUUUUUGUAGGUGUUUCUCUCGGGGAGCUCAGCAGCUCCUCAGCGCUGCCCGGAGUCAGACUUCACCACUUCCUCUGGUAGGUACAUAGAUGUCUGAGGAGGCUCUGAGGAUGACGGCUUGGCCCUGAACCCCACCAGUAUGUCAGAGCCAGCAGAAAAAUGCUCCCCCCGCUGGAAAGAUGAGGCCAUUCAAAAUGCACCACAACCACUGUUCCACUGUUCUCUGUGUUAAUAUGUCCAUGUGUUUUUUUGUAUCUCCUUGUAGAGUGGGGAGAAUUAGCUGGACGAUGGAGAAAAGUGUGUUCCUCAACGCAGCAGCACUAAUUUAUAAUGGAACAUCUUAUUCCUGUCUUUUUCUGUGUCUCAAGCAAUGAUCCUAAUCACUAAUACUAAUAACUUGCUUUUUUUCGUGCUGUUUCAUUUUUCUCUCUUUCUGUUUGUAGCUUUUGAUUUCACACCUCACCCUUUUUUUGACUAAUUUUGUUUUUCUUUUCUGUAAAGUCUAAUUGCUCUGUCCAGAUUGAAAGUCCGUCUCAACUGUUGACUUUAUCUUGGGUUUCUAUGGCACGAUCAGAAAGAACACUCAUGCACACGCGUGAAACUGAAUUGAUAUGUUGUUUUAACCGGUGUUAGGUGGAGAACAGUUUUUAUUGAAAGUUCUCAUUUGUUGGUGAAUUUGCAGCAUAUUCUUAAAUUUUGAGAGGAGCGGGAAAGUGACAUUUGUUUAAUUUUCAGUCAGUUUACAUGCAUCACUUAACACAAAUAUCGUUCUACUUAGGUGCUUUCAUCAUGUUACCUUGUGGUAUUUUGUAAAAACUUAUCGAAGUUUUGAUUGAUUGAAGUGUCCGAUCGUGGCCUUAGGGUCUGUUAUUUAGAAUAUGCAUUUCAGCGUCGUCGAUAGUCGUCGGAGUGUUUCUGAGGACCUGUUUGAAGUCAUGGUCCUGCGCCUGAAUCUCACCAUAGAAACCCAUCUUCUGUCCUCACCUGUUUUCUAUCUGCACACUCUUUCAUCUGUCCUCAGUUUUAACUUGUUUUCUUUUUAGUUGCCUUGACACGGGUUCUUCAUUGAAACUUCACGAUUCCUGUUGAUUAUCCAACAGGUCGAGGAAGCUAUGCUUCUUAAUGAAAUAACAUGUAAUUUAUUCUAUACUUCUGACCAGAGUGCAGCGGGGGUGAAGGAAACUAAGCCUGAGGAUAUUGGUCAAGCGUCCAUGGUCAAUGCACCUGAAGGAAACAAAGUGGAUAUAGAAGCCUUCAGUCAGUUUACAAAAAUUAUCACCCCUGCCAUAACCCGAGUGGUGGACUUUGCCAAAAAACUGCCUAUGUUUUGUGAGCUGCCUUGUGAAGACCAGAUCAUCCUGUUGAAAGGCUGCUGCAUGGAGAUCAUGUCCCUGCGAGCUGCUGUUCGCUAUGAUCCAGAGAGUGAGACCCUCACACUUAACGGCGAGAUGGCAGUCACGCGGGGUCAGCUUAAGAACGGAGGCUUGGGCGUAGUCUCGGAUGCCAUCUUUGACCUUGGCGUGUCGCUUUCCUCCUUUAACUUGGAUGACUCUGAGGUGGCUCUGCUACAGGCUGUCAUCCUGCUUUCAUCCGAUCGGUCAGGCCUGAGUAGCGUGGAGCGAAUCGAACGCUGCCAAGAGGAGUUCCUGCUGGCCUUUGAACAUUACAUCAACUACCGUAAACACAAAGUGGCGCAUUUCUGGCCCAAGCUGCUAAUGAAGGUGACGGACCUGCGGAUGAUCGGCGCCUGCCACGCCAGCCGAUUCCUCCACAUGAAAGUGGAGUGCCCCACCGAGCUAUUCCCUCCUCUCUUCCUGGAGGUCUUCGAGGACUGACCAAUGGAUUUUAAUGUGUGUGUGUGUGUGUGUGUGCGCGCAUCUGUGUGUGUGUGUAUAUGUGUGUGUGCAUACGUCAGCGCCUGGGAACCCUGGUGGUCUCAGGGGUGGAACCAGCAGAAGGCCCGUCACAAUGAACUUUCUAUUAGCACUACUGAGUGUCACUUCAUUCCAUAUUUUAGGAGUAGCUCUCUGGUCUAGUUUUGGAUGGAACCAUUCCUUACUGUGCGGGUACAUGUGAAUAGCAUUUUGUUCUUUUUUUGGGUUUGUUCUGUUGUUGUUAUUGUUGUGGAUAUAACCUCUCACCUCGGAUUUUACUAUAGUUUAUUUGUGUUGAUGAUUGUACAGUUGGCAUAAUGGUGAUUUUAUCAACACUUGUUCAUUCAUUAGAAACCAUGCAAAUGUUCCUUCCUUUAUUUUGAAAAACUCAAAAUGGCUGCUCAAGUGCUACACAAAACGAGACAUUGUUAGCGAUCCGUUAGCCUUUCCACCCCACCCGCUGGACUUUAUUGGACCCCUUUGUUGGUUGAUAUUACCUGUACGUAUAGUCAUCCAUCUGGUGAGCGUCUGAACUGUUCAGUGCCUCACCAUCAUACUGUGACCUGACCCAUUAACAGCAACACUCAUUCUAAUGGACAACAGCUCACAGGCCUUUGUAAGUCUCUAAGUAGCCACCCAUCACAAUGUUAAGUCAUAAUGCUGCGUUCCAUAGAUGUCGGAAAAAUCUGAAUUUUGCAACAGAGCGGCAGAAUCCUGAGAACCUGGACUAAAUUUUGUGACAUUAACUUUUCUGGGAAACCGUUGACAUCUACAUGGCAGCGUACACUGUUAACACUACACAGCAAUACUGUUAAACUUAUAAUCCUCAAAACCCACAAGUUAAUUUUUCAGUAAAGUAUGAGCAUAAUUCUGCCCAAUACUUACCUUUGUGGUAAGUAGCUAAGCAUGGGAUUUUUGAAAUGUGAAGGUACACCCACAGUUGCCAAUGUGCUAACUACCUAGCAAACAUUGCUAAAUAUCAUGGACAACAUAGGCUGUACGACAGCAUAUUAGGGCUAUUGCAGAAGAAGAAAAAAAAAAGAAAGAGGGAUAAUAUUUUGAAAAAUACACUCAGACAUUCUGUACAUUCAUUUGGCAGAAUUCACCAAGUCUGAAAUAUGCAAGAGAAAUCUGUACUGUAUGUCUUCUAGAACAUCAAACCAAACUCCAUUCAAAUAUCUCUGGUAUUUCCCAUAGCAUAUCUCUCAAUCCGAACUGUCUGAGAUGUGUCACACUGUUUGCAGAAGAAAAUGAAAGAAGCAUAUGAAAUAUCAGGCAAACCCAUUCUUAAUUUUUGAAGGGCUACUUCAUUAAUAUUAAUUAACUAUGCUGAAUUGAGGAACGGAUGCUAAAGACAUGUAUGUCUAUGAUGCACAUAUGAGACGUGUAUUACAUUUGACCAAAACCUUUUUUGGUUUACAGAGCUCCUAACCAACCUCUAAUAAAACAGAUUUGCACGGGUGGAUUUAGAGCUGACCCCAGCUGCCGCCCCAUUUUGGUAUCAAAUGCAGUCAAACCUAACGCAUUCAUUUGGAUACAUUUUAAAAAUAACGUGUAAAAAGACAUAAAUUAACACAUAAUUAAAUUAUUUGUAAUGGCAACAUUUUAGACUAAGUGAUGAGCUUUAGGGUAAAUGAAAAAAGACAUGUAUUUGGAAAAAUGUCUGAAGAUUUGUAAAUAAAACCAUUUAUUGAUUUCUAAUACCACCUUUAGUUAUUUCUAUUCAGUAUAUCACUAAUGUGCCACAAUGUUUCUGAGUUCUGGCUUUUCCAAGUAAAUAUGGGAUUGUUUGUGAUUAAAUCAGCAUACACAUAUCUAUAUCAUCUUCUGAACCCUUAGGAAAAAGUGUUGCAUUUUUGACAUUUUACAAAAGGGAUUAAUCAAGAAAAUAAUCAGAUUAUUCGAUAAUGAAAAUAAUUGUUAGUUGCAGCCCUAAAUAAGUGCAUUUUUUAUAAGGCAGCACUUGGAAUGGCAGUUCAGUAUUUUAGGCUACAAAUUUCGCUUCUUCCAUGGCCCUAAUCCUCUGUCAUAGCUGCGUACAUUUAUUUGGGCGAACAAAAUCUUGCUUUCAAAAAAACAACAACCAAGAAACACACAAAGCUUGUCUCCAAGCUAACCGCCGGCCAUUCAGACUUCCAACAAUCAAAGGAACGCAGCAGUAGCAUUAAAAUGAGCGUGUUGAUUAUUGCCAGAGACUGGUCAGGACUAACUAAAGCACAUAAUGACAAUGAUGUCAGUAAAAAGACAAUCAUAUAGUACUCGUUUUUUUGUGUAACAAUGCCACAUGCUGUGCCAAAACCAAGUGAAUGAUGCCCUCCUUACCGAACCCCUGCUGGGCUUUCAGAGCGAUACCGAGACUUGACUGGUUAUGCUAGUUAGUGCAUGCCGCUCACACAGACUUUUAGUCCACGUUAGCAGCUUCUACAAUACAAUCGUUAUGAGUUUUAAAUGUUUCAUCUCUGACAUGUUGCCGCACUAGUCCCCCAUGCAAUGAUUUCAAGCAGUGUGUUGUUUUUUUUUACAACUCCCCAAAAACGGGAGACUGUAUGUUAUAACAGUGACGUCAUGGUGCUAUGGUGGGUUGGGGAAGAGGCUGAUUGAACUGUAUUGUAAUUUACAUGCAGAAAUGAACAUUAUCUGUAUGUACAACAGCCCACCACCUUCUUAUGAUGGCAUGCAUAUUCACUAACACACAAACAUGCACAUACACAGUACAUACAGUACCCUGUACACAUACUGUACACAUGCACAUUUAUGCAUGUGCCUAGAUAAGAUAUGGGUCGGACCCACCACUGUGACCAACCAGUGGGAUUUGGAGGCCAAGUGAACUUUGGCUGGCCCAAAAACAGUAAGAUUGCUCAUCAGCGAGGUACACUGAGAAAGCUGGUGAGAUUGUGAAAAAACGUAGCGCUCUUUCCUUUCUUUUAUUUUAGCCGGUAUGUUCUUUUUUUUGUUGUUGUUCUAAAAGCCUCUCUAUGGUAUUGUCGUUUGCGACGUGUCAAACGUUUGCUUUGUAUAUCUCGCUUUUUUCAGGCUUCACACUACUCCUCAAAGCAGCUUGUGUUUUUUUUUUCUUUUCUCUUUUCUGUGAAGUGAUGCCUUUUUAUCAAAGCAAUAGACUUGCUGCAGUGUUUGAAUGACCCGGACCUCACACACACACCUCACAAACUGUACAGACUCAAAAUAAAUGCACAGACAAUCAGAGGGAGAGAGAUGAGCGAGGGAACAGGCACCCAGGCUCAGGCGGCCCGGUUGACGGUGAAACGGCCCGUGCUGAGCCAGAGCCAAUUGGAAAAGUAACAUUGGCAACGUUUACAUGCACCCCUGUUGUCCAUAAACCUAUUGAGGUUAGCACCAUGUUAAGUUGUUUGCAGGAGCCUGCUUGGUGUCAUUAAUAAACCAGUUAAGAGAGUAGUCCUGGUAGAAAACCUCCAAUAAAGAUCAAAAUCAUCUCCCAUUAGUUAGUUCUCACUUUUGUUUCUGCUUGACCGACAGUAAUGUGGGAAUGUCACUCGCCACAGUUACAAGAUGAACAAAAGUGAAAAAUUGUUAAAAUUGUCAGUUAUUACAACCAGGGGCUGGUUGCACAGCUAUGCAUAUGUCAGACUGAUCUGUAGAGUCACUCUUAAUUUUGCUCUGGUGGCCCAUUUAAACCAAAUAAUCUAAAGAACUAAACUCAGGAACUAAAUAAAUGAGGACCUAUAAGUC